CUGGGGAAUUGUUUUUGAGGUUUAGCUUCAGCAGCUUCACCUUCUUAAACCUCACUCAAGUCUCAGUCACUUACACAGAAAAAACUACAGCAGCAGCAGCACCAAUGGAGACCCAAUCGGAAGGCGGAGACGAAGCCACCAUAGCCGGCAUCAGAACCAUGGCUCAACAGCUCGAAGCUCGAAUGGAGUCUCAGCGCACCACCCAGCUCGAACUCCUCUCUUACCUCCAAUCCCAAAUCGUCCCCACCAUCGUCCCCACCAUUGAUCUCUCUCUCAAGGUCCUCUCCGCCUUCAACGACCGACCUUUUACUCCAACGCCUCCUCUCCCAAAUUCCAAACCAGACCCCAGAAACCCGGUCGAACCCGCUCUCCCUUCGACCCCAGAAGCCCAGCGCAGCCGCCUACCGUCUCCUGAGCCAAAACUCACAAACCCAAUUGAGCAAAGCCCGAAGCUUUCUCCGAAACAGGCGAAUUCGGAGACAACCCACCAACCCGAACUGGAGAAUUUCAGCCCCAUUGAUGAGAUGGGGAAUCCAUUGUCCCUGGUUCGGGCUAUGGUGGCGGUUUGCUUGCUUGAAAUUGUGCCCUUUUGUCGAAUUGACUCGUCGGCGGUGUUGAGAAAGCUCGAGAGCGACCAAAAAGCGACUGCGGAGGAGAAGGCGGCGCUGCGCGAGAUGGGAGGAGAGUCCGGGGCGAUAUUGGCGGUGGAGAUGGCGCUGAGGUCAAUGUUGGAGGAGAAUGGUGGGGUUGAGUUGGAGGAGUUUGUGGUGGGUGGUAAGUCGGGGAUUAUGGUUUUGGGGAUUGACCGGACUCGGCUGAUGAAGGAAUUGCCUGAAAGCAAGCAAUUUCAGAGUCGAGAUUCGAAUUUGGGAGAUGGGAAUUUGAGUCAGAGUCAGCAGCAAGUGGUGACUAGCGGCCGUGGAGGUGAUGGUAGUGGUGGAGGGGUGUUUGGGAUGGGAGGGCCUAGUUCAAGGCCAAUGCAAGACAUGUGGAUGAACCCUAAUGAUACUCACAUGUCCGGUUUGCCACCUGUGUUCCCUGGGAGUGGACAACCGGGUUCAUUUAUGGGUCCAAGGGGUGCUCCUAGUCCUAGAGUUAUGGGCAUGAUGGGAAUGCCUAGAGGGAUGGGUGGUGUUCCUCCAAUGCAUAGAGCUAAUAGUAUGGGGCCAAAUGCAACAAUGGAUAGCCCCAAUUCAGUGUCGUAUAAGCCGCAGAGUGAAGAGGAUGAACUGAAGGAUGUUGAGGCAUUGCUGAAUAAGAAGACUUUUAGGGAGUUGCAGAAAUCAAAAACUGGUGAGGAGAUUUUGGACCUCAUUCACCGGCCAACUGCGAAGGAGACUGCUGUAGCUGCCAAGUUCAAAACCAAAGGUGGUUCACAAUUGAAGGAAUACUGCUCAUCCUUAACAAAGGAGGACUGCCGUCGUCAGUCUAAUUCCGUACUUGCUUGUGAGAAGGUCGGUACCCAAAAAUUCCUGCUGGCAAGUGUAAUGGUUCAUUUUAGGCGAAUAAUCGCUCUACAUACUGAUGUCAAUUUAGGAGACUGUUCUUUUCUAGAUACUUGUCGUCACAUGAAGACGUGCAAGUAUGUCCACUAUGAGCUUGAUCCAACACCUGAUGUCUCACACAUGAUGAUGGGGCCUCGAGAUCUCGGUCCCCCUAGACAAUUAAGGCCUCAACGUGCUGAAUACUGUUCUGAGGUAGAACUUGGUCAACCACAGUGGAUUAACUGUGAUAUACGCAACUUUAGAAUGGAUAUUCUAGGGCAAUUUGGAGUGAUAAUGGCAGAUCCACCAUGGGACAUUCAUAUGGAAUUGCCCUAUGGGACAAUGGCUGACGAUGAAAUGCGCAAUCUUAAUGUUCCAGCAUUGCAGACGGAUGGUCUGAUUUUCCUUUGGGUCACUGGACGUGCAAUGGAGCUUGGGCGUGAAUGUUUAGAACUUUGGGGAUACAAGCGAAUUGAGGAGAUAAUUUGGGUAAAGACUAAUCAACUCCAACGAAUAAUUAGAACAGGGCGGACUGGCCACUGGCUUAAUCAUAGCAAGGAGCAUUGUCUUGUUGGAAUAAAGGGGGAACCCUUAGUAAAUAGAAAUAUUGAUACUGAUGUCAUUGUUGCCGAGGUCAGAGAGACAAGCCGUAAGCCAGAUGAGAUGUAUCCUUUGCUGGAGAGGGUAAGUCCAAGGACAAGAAAGCUAGAACUGUUUGCUCGCAUGCACAAUACUCAUGCAGGGUGGAUGUCACUAGGUAAUCAACUGAGUGGUGUAAGAUUGGUGGAUGAAGGCCUGCGUGCAAGAUUCAAAGCUGCUUAUCCGGAUGUGGAGGUGCAGCCCACUUCCCCACCCAGGCCCUCUGCUAUGGAAGUCGACUCUAAUGCUGCCCAAAUGCGGAGUCCAUUCUCAGAACCUGCAGUUCCGGAGGCACCCUAUGCUGCUUCUGAAGUGAGGCCAUCACCAGUGGAUGUUGAAAUGGCCGGUUGAGUAUCCAUUAGAUCCAUCACAAUUACUCAACCAAAACACCGUUCCGUUGUUUGUACUGAGAUGUCGAAAGGAAGUCCCGCCCGACCCUUGCUCGGAUUAUGAUAGUAAUGUAAUGAGGUUGAGAGGGACUCCAUGAUCGUCGUCGAUUUUGUCAGAUGUGUUUACCUCUUUUUAGUAUUAAGAUUAGAAGAAAGAAAAAAAAAAAGGGUAGUAACGAGGCUUAGAUAGUGUACUUCUGUGCCAUAUAUAAUCGAGCAUGCAAUGUUUUACAGUUACUAUAGUUCUGAGCUUAUGAUGUUUGAUCGUUA